UCUACCCCCUCUUUCCUCGCCUCCCUCUCCUCGCGUAUUGCUCGACUCCCCACCUCUCGCACUCAAUCCAGGUCCCUUUCCUACGUUAAGUGACACUUUCUGAACAUCGGAGUUUUUCCGGAAAGGAGGUUGAAACCCCGGCCUUUGCAUCAUUCUGAAAAUUGGAGUUAACGGAGCUGGCUUUGUAUGGCUUUUCAUAUGCAAGAAUCCAGUCUUGUGAUAUAGAUGUGUCAUCUCUCUCAGCAUGACAAGUUCUUAGGUAUUCUGCUGUUGAUGAACUUCCUCCACACCUGCAGCGACAAGAAAACGCUGAAGAAGUGGUUCUUCAUCGACAAGACAGUGGGCUAAGCAAAUCCAGCUGAAAGAGAGACGACCACCGUACUGACCCCAUUUUCUCUUCGUCCGGCCCGAUGGAUUUGAGCAACAGCUCACCGGUCAUCACCGACCCGAUAGGAAUGAGCCAGUCGUUGAUGGGCGUGCUGCCUUCCAAAAUGAUGCCAUUUUCAGUCAGGCCCGGAGGUUACUCCGGCGCUGGUGGCGCCGGGGUAAACGUCAGCAGGCGCAAGAUCGAGGAGGUCCUCGUGAGCGGGCUGCUGGAUGCGAUGAAAUCCUCGUCGCCGCGUAAGAAGCACAACGUGGUCUUCGGCCAGGAAGACCUUCCUGAAGAAGAUCCUGCCUACAGUGCAUGGAUGGCAAAAUGCCCUUCUGCUCUGGCAUCCUUCAAGCAGAUCGUAGCGAGUGCACAAGGCAAGAAGAUUGCGGUGUUCUUGGACUAUGAUGGCACGCUGUCGCCGAUCGUCGACGACCCUGAAAAGGCCGUCAUGUCCCCUGUGAUGAGAGCUGCUGUGAGAAACGUUGCCAAGCACUUCCCCGCCGCCAUCGUCAGCGGAAGGUCCCGGAAGAAGGUUCUUGAAUUCGUAAAACUCAAGGAGCUCUGUUAUGCUGGAAGUCAUGGGAUGGACAUAAUGACAUCUUCAGCACAUUAUGAACACAAUGCUGAAAAGGGCAAAGAAGCUAACAUCUUCCAACCUGCUCGCGAUUUUCUGCCUAUGAUCGACGAGGUUUCCAAGGCCCUCCUGGAAGUCACGAGCGGAAUCGAAGGCGCGAGCGUUGAGGACAACAAGUUCUGCGUGUCUGUUCAUUACCGCAACGUAGACGAGAAGGACUGGGAGCUGGUCGCACGGCUCGUAAACGAGGUGCUGGAGGACUUCCCCCGUCUCAAAGUGACCAACGGACGAAUGGUUUUAGAGGUUCGUCCGGUGAUCGACUGGGACAAGGGGAAGGCCGUGGAGUUCCUGCUUCAGUCGCUCGGGCUGAGCGACUGCGAGAACGUGAUUCCCAUCUACAUCGGAGACGACCGCACCGACGAAGACGCGUUCAAGGUGCUUCGGGAGAGGAACUGCGGAUACGGGAUACUGGUCUCGCAGGCGCCCAAGGAAACCGAAGCCUUCUACUCGCUCAGGGACCCGUCUGAAGUGAUGGAGUUCCUGAAUUCCUUGGUGAGGUGGAAGAAGCACUCGCUAUGAACAAACAGGAGAUGACAGUAGUUUCCGAGGCGACAGUUUUACAGCGCUGGAAACCGUAGCUAGGAUCGAGUGAUGUUGCUGUGUCCCCUGUUAAUUCGUUUAGGUCGAUUGAUAUUCUUGUACUGCUAGUCAUGUUCUUUACCACUGAGAAAUUUGAUCGGUGGCUGUGUUGGUCUCUUGACAUUGUAAUUCGCAAGCAAGAUAGACCUUUUUUCCUGGCGUUCAAUGCUGAUAAAUAAACUGGAACCUCACUUUUUCUUGCC